AUGUCAAGCAGGUAUCACAAAGCAGCAGCUGAUGGCAAUUUGGACCUACUGAAAGAAGCCACUAGGAAAGACCUCAAUAGUUCAGACGAAGAUGGAAUGACCCCUACCCUUCUGGCAGCAUACCAUGGGUAUCUGGAGGCUCUAGAAGUCAUAUGUGGAAGAGGAGGUGAUCCAGACAAGUGUGACAUCUGGGGGAACACACCUCUGCACCACGCUGCCCGCAACGGCCACAUCCACUGCGUCUCUUUCCUGGUCAACUUUGGCGCCAACAUCUUUGCCCUGGACAAUGACCUGCGCACGCCGCUGGAGGCAGCUGCCAGCAGAGACCGCCACGAAUGCGUCAGAAUCCUGGACAAAGCUGCCACCGAGCAGAACAUGCUCAACCCAAAGAAGGUCUCCAGACUCAAAGCACAGGCCCAGAGGAACGCAGAGAAGCAGAUCAAGGAGUGUGAGAAGCGGCAGGAGAAACAUCAGCAGGAGAUGAACCGGAACUACGUAAAGGAGAAGGUUGGCACAGUCAACUCUUCCAAAGGGACCCACUCCAGGGUGAAGCUGCCUAACCUCUUUGCUUCCAACACAACCAGCUCUUUCUCCAAAAACCUGAAAGACACCUUCAAACUGAAGGGGAAGAAGGCAGCCGACAGCACGAGAAGCCAGGGCACACAGAGCGGCGAGCUAAAGGACGAGGCCAGCAGGAGAAGUGUGAUGCAUCUGUUCGAUGAGAAGGAGGAGGAUGAGUUACUGAACGAGCUCGGCGAGAGGAACUCCUCUGACAGCGACGCUCAGCUCUCCAUUUUCAAGCGGCCAGGCCUCGGCAAGAUUGUAUUUGGAAGGAAUUUGGCUGCAGAGGUAAGCCCUGGAGCUGUGUCUUCUGAGAAAGAAGGGAUAAGCUUUAAAAUGUCCAGUGAGCUCUUCCAGUUUGAAACCGAUGAGAAGAGCAAGGAAGACGGCGCUGAAAACGGCGCUGAUGUCCCCUGGCAUGAGGAAGAAGUCCUUUGGGAUGACGAGGAAGCAGAGAGCACACCCCUUGAGGUCUUUCUGGCAUCACAAAUGCUGGAUGAGUUUCUUCCAGUCUUUAUGAGGGAAAAAAUUGAUUUAGAUGCCCUAAUGCUGUGCUCUGAUGAAGACCUGCAGAGCAUUCAGAUAGAGCUUGGGCCAAGAAAGAAAAUCCUGAACGCUGUGAGUAAAAGAAAGCAAGCACUGGAGAGGCCUGGGCAGACUGCAGACACUUGCUUAUAAAUGCCCAUGCAUGCUGCUGCAUGCUGAUUCACCCUUGCCUGCUCUGCCAAGAGCAUGCCAAUGCCCCAGAUACCUGCAACAGCAAAGGGCAGAGAGGUCACCAACUGCUGCAGGAAGCACAGCAAGGACAAAGCCUUCUCUCUGUCCCGUGGAGGAUAUUCAUUCCAGCACACUCUGACAGGCAGACAGAUGUGAAGGUAACCCCCCCAAAUCUACAGAAUUCAACCUUUUUCGCCCUGAACUGCUUUUGGGGAUUGGAUUUCCUCUUGCUGGAGCAACUUAAAGUAGUAGUGAAGGGCAGCUGUGAUACACUCCUCACCAAAGCCUUCACUUCUCCGACACCACAAGGCACAGAGCACUGCCUAAGCUCAACAGCUUUGAGAUUCCUCCGUUCACAUCUGUCAGAUAGUUACAGACCUCCCCUCCUGGCACUAGGAUGUUAGAAGUGGCACCUCAAUCUUGACUUCUGCUGCAGAUUAUUGACUCUAAAAGCCUCUCACUUCAUGUAGAUAAGACUCAUUUACAGCAAGU